AUAGCUGGAAAACAUAACCUCAUCUAGUAAACCUUACGUGAUUUUUUGGUUUGGGGGUAGGAUAAGGGACUGUGUCAACAGGUGAUCUGAGUUCACCUCAGUCUAACAUAAUCAAAGAACAAAGUACAAUAAAAUUGAACAUUCCUUUAUUUGUCCUUUUGUAUGUGGUAAUAUAAGGCGUAGGCAAAUAGAGACUCACAAGAUAUAAACAUUGAAUAACUGUAGCAAAAAAUAAAAAGCAAAAACCUACAACUAGUGAAUAGAAAUAACACAUCCCAAAAUAUUCAAAUAAAACAAAAUGUAGGUUUUUAAAUUGUGCUUUUUGUUUUGGUGCAAAAAAUCUAUGUAUAGUAAUAUAAUGUUUUGAAAAAGUAUUAAUACCAAAAAAUUCAAAGUCUUUUAGUAGGAUUUUAUAUGAUACAUCAGCACAAACAAGUGCAAUGCUGUGAAGCGGAGGAACAGUGAUACAUGGUUUAGAAAAUCUUUCUAUAAAUUAAAAAACUGGAAGGUUUGGUGUGCAUUUCUGUCCCCUUAACUCUGCAACCUGUAAAUAAAAUCCAGUGCAACCAACGGUCACAAGAAGGCACCAAACUGCUAAAUAGACUCCACUUGUAGUUAAUUCGAUCUCCUGUGGAAAAGAGGCAAGAAGAAAAACAUCAUUCAUCAUGUUCUUUCAGCUUUAUGACUAUGCGCUACUUUGUGUUGAUCUAUCUCAAUUAUGCUGAAGUUUAUUCAUGUAAAACUACUACAGGAACGUAGAAACUUUACUGCAAAGACAUAAACAACGUUUUCUGGUAAAUAUGGUGGCAUAAAUAAUGUUAGUGGUCAUUAUGUACUGGUUUUCCAGACAAAAACAGCAUUUUUUAGAAAUACACUGGAGGGCAAAACAUAUCCUUAUUCAGCAUGUUUAUAGGACAGACAAACACCUUCAUUAUUGUUAGUUGUGGUUCUGAAAGAAGCUGAGAUGUUAUACAAAACCCUUUGCAGUAUUUUUUUGUGCUCAUUUCUCAACACUAGGUGGCACUGCUUCUGUCUUUUAAUUAUUUGAUGCUCAGAGUUGCGAUGGUCACAGUUUUUUAGCACAUUUUAAACCCGAUUUAGAAGACAGAGGGUACUAAAAAUCCUUAAUUUUAGUUGAAAUACAGACAGUACUAUGACGUUCCAGGCAGAUGUUUGGCCUGGUCUUGGCUCUUAUAACAUUGCCGACCUAUUCGCUUAGAGUGAAUGGGCUUUAAAGGGAUAGUAAGCAUAUUUUUUUCUUUAUUUUAUAUUUUAUAACAGGUACAAAUUAGUGACUUUGUGCACAGUUGUGCAGUUGUUAGCUAGAAGGUUGUGGGUUUGACCCCCACUAGAUAUUUUCUGCAUGGAGUUUGCAUAUUCCCCCCUGUGCAUAUGUGGGUUUCUACCAGAUAUUCUGGCUUCUUUCCAGAGUAAAAAAACAGGCAUGUUAAGUUAAUUGGCUUUUGUAAGUUACCCGUAGGUGUAUGUGCUUGUCUCUUCUCUUAAAAGCUGAAAUAGGUCCACACCUCCCAUCAAGAAACACUGAAAAACGUAAAAACCGGGUUAAAUACAACUUUUAAUCUAAAUUUUCCAAAUAAGAGUUGUUUUCACUUUUAGUUUUUCAGUCCAACCAUCUGCAGCAUGCCUGGUUUUUGUGUCCAACUACUCUUCAGAGAGUUUUAGACAACAGGAAAUUGCACCUUGUGGGUUCACUGUGGUUGUGAUCUUGAUAAAAUAUAUUGAUGUAUAAAUUGUGAGCCUUUCUGUUAAAAAAAAAGCCAAAUUUGCAAUAGAAAGAAAGGCCUCCAUAGGAGUUGGUGGCUUGAAACAGGGCAGUAUUUUGCUUGUUAAUUGUUUGCAUCAGACGAAAGUUUCUGAUUUUAUCAUUAUUUCCUCUUAGUAGCAGGGACUGUUGCAAAAUAGUGGUUGAAUUGCUUCAACCAAAUGACUUCACAUCCUGCCUAAACAGCAAACAGUGUUGACAAAGUUGUCAGUUUGUCAAGAGCAAUUCAUGUAGACCUCUUAAUUUAGAAGAAAAAAGAAGCUUUAAUAGUAAAACCCAGCCUCGGCAGUUUCUACUUUGGUUGGUUCAAAUCUAAUUUUUAAAGAUGGACAAUAGACCUCAAAGUGCUGGACUGAUUGCAACAACUGUUGUGAUGAACAUAAUCUGGUGGAUGCUGAUGAUAGCAGCCAUUGGACUGGGUGCCAUGCAUAUCGAUCACUGUCCCGUGCAGCCCAACGUCCCUGUUUACCUGAUCGUGCUUGGAGCGACCAGCCUCUUGUCUCUGAUUUUCACCUACAGUAGCAGAGGCUACCAAGAUGGAGCCGUUCACAUCCUGAGCUUGGCCUGCAUGACUGUCCUGCACAUCUUCAGUUUUGCCUGGUUGAUAGCAGGCAGUUCAUGGAUUUAUGCUGUUUAUGCUCCAAACUACUCUGGAAAGGAGCGAUACUGCCACAAGACAACCUACCUGUUUGCGUUUGUUGUAACCACGCUGAUGUGGGUCGCCAUGACCCUGAUUCUCGUUUGCACCUGCUGCUUCGCUCUGCUGACCUUCUGCACCACUAUAUUUGCUGGACGCCACAUGUUAGCAAACCACAAAAGCUUCUAUGGUGCAACAAGUUUUCAUGAACCAGCAGCUGGGGAUGUGUGAUUUAAAUUUAGGCACAUGGCUUAAAAUGGUUGAGGAGAUGAUUCUUACACUGAUGAUGGUGUAGAUUGUGCUGACAGUUCCUUGAUUUUUUUUAUACAUCAUUGAAGCUUACACAACAUGUAGAAAAAUGCUUGGUAGCUGCAGCCAGAAAUCCCAACUAUACCCUACCUGUUAUUCCUGCUCGUUUCACAGGAAAAGGAGAGUUUUGCAAAAAGUUCAUAUUUGAUUUAUAGCUUCAACCUCCCACAGCAGCUCAGUGUCAGAUAUUCUUUGCAGGUUGUGGUGCAGUGCUCCAAUUGAUUAGUUACCACAUCUCCUCCACAUUACAGCUCUGCUAGAUCACGUUUCCUGUUAAUACCAACAAAAGACUCAAUAUUUCGAAGCCAAAAGAAGAUGGGACGUACAGCAAUAACACAUACAUUCAGUAUGAAUUUGAAAUAUAAGUGAUUAGGAAUAUUUUGAUAUUAUGUUAGGACUGACUGAACUUUCUAUGUAUUAUGAUAUGAACUUGAUUUUCUUGUAGCGAUAACAGCCUUAUUACAAAUUGAUUCCUUUUUGCAACAUGCUUUUUCUGAGCUCUAAAUUGGCUCUGAUUAACACUGCAUUUAAGGGAUUCUAUUCCUAUGGCUCAAAAUAUCCCUGUAAUUCUCCAUUUUGAUUAUAUAUUUCAUUUUUUGUUUUUGCUUUAAUGUGUUUGAAACCUGUGUAGACUUUACUGCCCUUGAUAUUGUUCCUUGAUGCACUUACUGUUUCAAUGCGAUGGAGUUUUCAGGUGUUGUAAUACUAUAGCACUGUACUAUAAUACCUCUAACAUUGUGUGCAGCAACUCCUAACAUUAAAAUAUGAUUUUGUAAAUGGAAAAAUA